AUGGAUUGUGGGAUUAUCUUCAUCAGGGGCUUGGCUGCCAGUCUUCCUGUUCUCAAUCUCCAUGCGGUGAUUGGGGUAAUUUUCAUCCAUGAGCUGGAAAGAGAGGACUUUAAGGAUACUUUCCCUUUCUCCAUGGAUGACCAUGAAGAACCUCCGUUUGACCCUCCCAUCACCUUCCAUGCCAAUCUUCUGGAUCACCCUGAUUUGCCCCGGUGGCUACGCUACAUUCAACGUACCCCCUUUGACACAGGAUACCUCUAUGGGUCUCCCACAAGUAAAGACAUUGGCAAGCAGACUAUUGAGGUGAUGGCCUAUAACAGAUACACAUUUGAGACUGUGAGGCAAACAAUGGAAAUACGCAUUUUCUCAUCUCCAGAUGGAGAGAUGACGUACCAAGCUGACUUCCUUGUGAAGAACUGGGAUGUUGAGGAAAUGCUUCCGAAAGAUGCCCAAGAACUCUUUCAAGAAGCUGUGGAUAGCAUGUGGGAGCAAGAAGGCUUGACUAUCAUCAAUAUUACCUCAGCGUUAGACCGGGGAGGCCGUGUACCAUUGCCAAUUGAAAACAGGAAAGAAGGGGUUUACGUCAAAGUGGGGUCCAAGGAUCCAUUCACGACGUGCUUAACAGAGGCAAAGUCACCUGACAAUCUUUACCGAUGCAGGCUAGAGCAACAGCCUAUCAUUACCUGUUAUGAUAGCUUCAGUCCUCGAUUCCAAGUAGAUUGGUGUAACCUCACUUUGAUAGACCUUACAACUAUAAAUGCCACAGAAAUGGUACCAAUCUAUGGAGAUGGAGUGCUUGAAGAGGGGACUGAAUUUAAUCCUCCUGACGAUGCUCCUGACAGGAUGUUUUUCAGUGAUUUCUUACUUACUUUCCUUCUUCCGUUCCUCUUGGGCUUUCUCCUCUUUCUAAUCUUGGCCUACAUCAUGUACUGUAGGCGGGAGGGCGUGCGCAAGAGGGACCUGAGCACCUCAGACAUCCAGAUGGUGCAUCAUCACACAAUCCAUGAUAACACAGAGGAACUGAGGGAGAUGGCUGGUACUCGGGAUGUGCCCCGUCCCCUCUCCACUUUGCCCAUGUUCAAUAUCCGUACGGGCGAGAGAACAAAUCCCAUGCAAAGUAACCGCUAUGACAGUGCCCAGGUGCCUCUCAUCUUGGCUCAACAGUGAAUAAUUAAUCAGGUCAGACUGCGCCCAUUUUUACUGAGAAGAGUUUUCCACCAAAGAUGUUUCUCAAGACUGAGACAACUAACAAAUGAUAGGUGUGGCUUUGUUGCUACUUUUCAAUGUUGAUAACUUUCAAGCUUGGAAAUGAAGAAUGAGUGAUUAUUCAGUAAUUCUUGGCAUAAGUUUGUAGGGUGGGUUUUCAGCACCUUUGUUGCUACAUGUUGAAGGGAUGGGAGACUCAAGGCUAGUACGGUAAUGCGGUAUGUUAGAGACGCCUAGCCUUCCCACAGAACUGUAUUUUCCAAACUUCCAAAAGCGAUCAGAGUUUACAUGUGUUUGAUAUGAUAGAAGAAAUAAUUUCCCUCCAUCUUCUUGGCAUGAUAAAAGAUCAACUCUCCUUCCUGUAUUUUGCUUUCUUCGGUGAAUAAAGUGGCAAAACCUGGAUUGCUUUAUAAACAGUACUUACAUACACGCGUAGAUACCCAUCACAUUAUUCCCUUUCAGGGUAAACAACAUUGUACAAAAUACAGAAAAGAAGUAAGAAAUAGCUGGUAAAAAAAGACAUGAGACCAGAAAAGAGAAAUGGAAAUAUAGCUGAAUUUAGUGUAUACCAUUCACUGUCGUUUUUUCUUUCUAUUCUUAGAAACAUUGCAAAUUGUAAACUUGUUUGAGAUCUUUUACCUGGAAUUAGUAUAGGAAUGUUUUAAAUAAAUAAAUGCCUGCACGGAUAUCAUCCUUAUUUCCACCAUCCUAUCACACUGAUUCAUGUACUAUCUUUUGUUCUUGAAACUUCUCUCCUUUCUCUUUUCAGAAGUCCAAUCAAGUCCCACCCAGCCACUUUUUCUACUUCUUCUGCUGCCCCUCAGCCCAUUCACUCAUUUGUUUUGCAGUUUGAUCUUCAUUCAGUCUCUCUACAUAAGUAAACCACCCUAACAUU